CGGUUACAUAAAAAGAGAAUGUGAAAGACAGCAUUUUGAACAGGUGAGAAGCCAAUGACUGGGACUGGGUUUGCGUUGAGAAGCUUUGCCAUGGUGGGCUUCUUCUUCUUCUCCACUACUUCUAUGAAAAGCUAGAAAGAAGAGCUCAAAACCCAGAACCCUGAGAUUUAAGCAAGUUGUCUAAAAUUUGGAAAAGUUAUGUUGUGUGCACCAGGAGAUUGAUGCUGAGGCUAAAGUUAUAGCUUGUCUUCAUGUUGGUCUUGGUGAAAGUAUAUCAAAGAUGAGUGAAUUUCAUUAAGCAUACAGGUUUCUUAAAGGGGGAAUUUUAUUUAUGACUGAUCCAAUUAAAAGAAGAUAGUAGGAGAGUCUGGUGAUGAUGCAAUAAGGAGUUUGGAAUUAAAAGGUUACAUAUUUGUUGGUUUUGUUCUAAGAGUUCAAUUGAGUUAUUUUGGUAUGGAAAUAGCCAAGAGUGACAGAAUUAGGCAGCUUUCAACUCAGUUCUGCAACUGUUACAAAGUGGCAAACCUCGGUGAGACAAUUAUGGACACAACCCGCGUAUCAAAUUUGAAAGAUAAGUACAUUCUAGGUGAACAAUUGGGAUGGGGGCAGUUUGGUGUCAUCAGGGCAUGCUCAGAUAGGUUUACAGGUGAGGUGUUGGCAUGCAAGUCUAUUGCCAAAGAUAGAUUGGUCACAGCCGAUGAUAUGCGUAGUGUUAAGCUUGAGAUUGAAAUAAUGACUAGGUUAUCAACCCAUCCUAAUGUUGUGAAUCUCAAGGCAGUUUAUGAAGAGGAGAAUUAUGUGCAUUUAUUAAUGGAAUUAUGUGCUGGAGGGGAGCUUUUUCACCGGCUCGAGAAGCAGGGGAGAUUCUCAGAGUACAAUGCAAGGGUUAUUUUUAAGCAUUUGAUGGAAGUGGUCAAGUUUUGCCAUGAGAAUGGUGUUGUUCACAGAGAUUUGAAACCAGAAAACAUUCUUUUGGCCACAACAUCCUUGUCUUCACCAAUUAAGUUGGCAGACUUUGGCCUUGCUACCUACUGCAAACCCGGGCAGAAAUUGCAGGGAACUGUGGGAAGUCCCUUUUACAUAGCCCCAGAGGUACUUUUGGGAGGUUAUAACCAGGCUGCUGAUGUGUGGAGUGCUGGGGUUAUUUUGUAUAUACUUCUUAGCGGGAUGCCCCCUUUUUGGGGGAAGACUAAGUCACGAAUUUUUGAUGCAGUGAGAGCUGCAGAUCUUCGAUUCCCUCCUAAUUCUUGGGAUCACAUAUCCUCUUCUGCCAAGGACCUCAUCACUGGAAUGCUUUGUGUUGAUCCUUCCAAAAGGCUCACUGCUGACCAAGUUUUAGCUCAUUCAUGGAUGGAGCACUGCACUCAAGCUGCCCAAGAAACAUAUGAUCAGGAGUACGAAGUUUGCGAUGAACUAGAAGUGGGUGGUGGUUCUUUUUCGACUCCAUUUAUUUCCAGGACAGAGGAAUGUGCAGUCAACGGUAGACCAUGCACAGUUGGUGAUGGGAAAUUAAAACAAUCACCUGCAUUCACUUGCAGAUCAUCUUUUGCUUCUUUCAUAGAGGAUGAUGGCACUCCUUGUUCUGCAUCUGGAGGUUUUUCUUUCAACAGCUGCCACGAAUCAAGUAUAGCUGAGUUUUCUUCUCCAAUUUCAUCAAUGCCGAGCUUUACCUUUUUCAGUCCAAUGUCUACUCUAGUUCAAGGAGGUAUUUCAUUAAGAUUUGAAGCCGACGUGGCAUCAUUGGAUGUAACAUUUACAGAAUCAAACUUGGAGAAGUGCCAGGUAAUAGCACAGCCUGAUUUUUCGCCUAUCAAGCAUGGUAGUGGCGAUGGAGAAAUGGAGCGUAAAGAAAUUCGACGAGGAGGAGGACCUGGUGGGACAAAGGUUGGAGGUAUUCACAGCAAAAGAAAUCACACAAUUGGACUCGGCGAGUUUACUCAGAUUAAUCUCAUCGUAACAGAAUCAGUGAUCCGUUGGGCGUCAUGCACGGAUAUUCCAACCGCCCCGUCCCUCAGAUUAUCACUUGUUUGCUAGAAGAUUAAUUGGGUUGAGCAUGUGACCAAGCCAGCCAGCCACAACAAAAACAAAAGAAAAAAUAUUUACACUGUUUUGGAAUCUAUCUAAUGAGUUGAUGAGAAGAAUUACUUCAACCUGAGGAGCUGAACUUAGGUGUUUUAAGCGUGUUUGUUUGCCUGGAUUUGUACGAGGGGUGUGCUACAGUAAUGAUGCUUUUCUUUGAUGGAAAAUAACGUAUACUGGUCUACUAAUGUAAGGCAAUUUUACAAUAUCUAAUUUCUCAUGGCUUCAAACUAAACAUAUUCUGAUUAUUGAUAAAUCUUUUCUUUCAAA